AUGGAGGCGAACCUGUCCGAUUGGUUUGACCUCGCAGAGAUCGGGGGAGCGGUCAUGUUAAUCGAUGAAGCCGACAUCUACCUCGAAACCCGUACCACGAGUGAUCUGCAGAGAAACAGUCUCGUUUCGGCAUUUCUACGAGCUAUGGGUAUUACCGAGGAAUAA